UUGUCUUGUCAGGGGCGCAGAUGUGCGCCAAACUCAGUCAACUAUAGCCGAACUCCGGCGCGUGGGGAAAGCGGAAAUCAAAUGUACCCUUAUGUUCCGCGCUGUGCGUGACGCCCACUCAAAACACGCGUGUUGCUUACGGAAGCAGAAGCAUACACCACGUACAAGACUCACAUUUCGGCGUAGACUCUGCUGCGGCACAACCAAACAUCUUUAUCAACCCAACCGGUGUCCAGGAGGAACAGGCGUGUUCCUUAGAUGAGCUGGGUAGUCUUGGACUUGUCGCAGGUCACUGGCAGCAGAGAACUGGAAGGAAAGGCGGCCAAAGGAGGUGUUGGCUUUGGGGAUGACCAGUGAGAUAUACGAGGCGACUGUAGUGACUGCUGGACGCCUGUAGUGACUAGCAUUAUGGGAUGUGGCACCUCCGUCACCACCGACAACAAGGGGAAGAGACUGACGACAGACCAGAUGGCCAAGAAAACUCCCAGCCCUGCACUGGCUAUGAAGGCAGCCAUCCUGAUCCAGCGCUGGUACAGACGUUACAUCGCCAGGUUAGAGAUGAGACAGCGAUACACCUGGAACAUCUUCCAGUCUAUAGAGUAUGCUGGGGAGCAGGACCAGCUACAGCUCUCCAGUUUCUUCAGUUUCAUGCUGGACAACUUCACUCAACUCAAUGGGAAUGGCCCAGGUUUUCCAGAAAUCCCGGUUGGAAGAUUCCAGGAAUCAGGAGGCAAUCUGAUCUCCCACCUGCUGGACCCAGUGGUUGACCCGUGGUCAGACAGAGAGAGACAGACCAUGUAUGAACAGAUCACUGUUCCUGAGUCCUACAGCGGUCCUCACCUCACCUUCCCCCUCACCGUCUCUCACACCAACGCCCUGCUCUCUGCAUUCAAAGAGCAACAGCCUCUCCAUGGCAGAUACAUGCUGCAGUUGUUACACCAGACUAAGAAGCUCCUGAAACAGAUGCCAAAUGUCAUUCACCUGUCCACACCCUACGCCAAGGAGAUCACAAUAUGUGGAGAUUUACAUGGCCGUCUAGAUGACUUGCUGCUCAUAUUCUACAAGAACGGCCUCCCCUCGGCAGAGACGCCGUACGUGUUCAAUGGAGACUUCGUGGACCGAGGGAAGAAGUCUGUGGAGAUCAUCAUCCUGCUGUUUGCCUACCAGCUCCUCUACCCAGACCACAUGACCCUGAACAGAGGCAACCACGAGGACCACAUCAUGAACCUCCGAUAUGGAUUCACUAAAGAAGUUAUGCAGAAGUACAAGACACAUGGCAGGGACAUCCUACUGCUGGUCCAGGAUGUGUUCAGCCUCCUCCCCAUAGCAACAGUCAUCGAUAACAAGGUGCUCAUCGUCCAUGGAGGAAUAUCAGACAUGACGGACCUGGAUUUCCUCAGCUCUAUAGAGAGACACAAGGUGAAAUCUGCCCUGAGGCUUCCUAGGAGGAGUCUGAACCAUCUGGAGGUGACUAGGAGCAGUAGACAGGGCCAGCCAGAGAGCCCCCGGUGUAGGAGCAGGGGCCAGCCAGAGAGCCCCCGGUGUAGGAGCAGGGGCCAGCCAGAGAGCCCCGGUGUAGGAGCAGGGGCCAGCCAGAGAUCCCCGGUGUAGGACAGGGGCCAGCCAGAGAUCCCCCGGUGUAGGAGCAGGGGCCAGCCAGAGAGCCCCCGGUGUAGGAGCAGGGGCCAGCCAGAGAGCCCCCGGUGUAGGAGCAGGGGUCAGGACCAUGGCAACACCCCGAAGAAGAGACGUCACCUCACCAGACAGGGCAGCUCCUCCUCUUCCUCCUCAUCCUCACUGUGCUCCCCCCGGGGGUCGUCCCGCCUCACUCUGUGCCGCUGCCUUUCUCCCAGCAUGCUGAGCCCCACCAACAACCUCCAGGUGCCCUUCCUGGACUCCUUCACCGCCCUCCCCGUCCGACCGCCGCCCAGGGAGGAGUUGGAGUGGAAACAGGUAGUAGAUUUGCUGUGGAGCGACCCGAAGAGCCAGCCAGGCUGCAGUCCCAACACCUUCAGGGGAGGAGGCAGUUACUUCGGGCCAGACGUGACUAGACGCCUGCUGGAGAGACACGGCAUGACUCUGCUGAUCAGAUCACAUGAGUGUAAACAGGAGGGCUACGAACUCUGCCACGGCGGACAGGUGAUCACCAUUUUCUCUGCGUCUAACUACUAUGAGGAGGGUAGUAACCGUGGAGCCUACAUUAAACUGGGCAGAGAGCUGGUCCCUCGCUUCUUCCAGUACCAGGUCAGCAGGAAUACCAGGAAACUCACCCUGACUCAGAGGGUGAAUGUGGCAGAGGGUUCGGCUGUAAGGGCUGUACAGGAGAAGCUGUUUUCCCACCGCUCAGAACUCAUGGCUGCCUUUCAGCAGUAUGACACAAGUAACAGUGGCUGUAUCUCUGUCAGUGAGUGGGCCCUGGUGUUGGAGUCAGUCGUGAGACUGGACCUGCCCUGGAGGACUCUGCGCCCGCGCCUGGCACAGCUGGCACCAGAUGGCAGCAUCGACUACCAGUCCUGCUUCGAGGACAUGGGCCCGGGACAACCCAUACCCCAGGUCACUCCAAACUUGGCUGAAACUCUUUACAGAUAUCGAACAGACCUUGAGAUUAUCUUCAACAUCAUGGACAAAGACCACUCUGGUCAGAUAUCCAUCGAGGAGUUCCGUCAGACCUGGCAUCUGUUUAGUGCUCACCUAGGUGUGGAGGUGGAUGACCGGGCCAUAGAUGAACUGGCUAAGAGUAUAGACUUCAACAAGGAUGGUAGCAUCGACUUCAAUGAGUUCCUAGAGGCCUUCAGGGUGGUGCACAAACUGGAUGUUAAGGACCAACAGCAGGGCUGAGAGAACUUGUUGUUGUGCUGAAGACUCACAUUAGCUACCCGGGCAAUGACUUGGCUUUAGCUCAGUGAGCCAACACUGGCAGCAGGGCUGAGAGAACUACAAAGACCAGCGGCUAGGCUGAGAGAACUACAAAGACCAGCGGCUAGGCUGAGAGAACUACAAAGACCAGCGGCUAGGCUGAGAGAACUACAAAGACCAGCGGCUAGGCUGAGAGAACUACAAAGACCAGCGGCUAGGCUGAGAGAACUACAAAGACCAGCAGCUAGGCAGAGAGAACUACAAAGACCAGCAGCUAGGCUGAGAGAACUACAAAGACCAGCGGCUAGGCUGAGAGAACUACAAAGACCAGCGGCUAGGCUGAGAAAACUACAAAGACCAGCAGCUAGGCUGAGAGAACUACAAAGACCAGCAGCUAUGCUGAGAGAGUACUACAAAAACCAGCAGCAGGCUUGAGGGGAGCCAUGCUCUCCUUGGCUUUAGCUCUGCAGGCUUAAACAGUCUUGUGGUCAACCAUACACUCAGUGUAGCACAUGCAGUUGCAUGAGUCAGGAAUAUAUCUAGGAGAUGUGGUCACCCUUCUCCCUGUGGUGUAGAACAUGUCUCAGAGGAGAACACACUACUCUCACCAGCUACUGAUAUGGAGACCGACCAACACACGUGAGGUUUCUACAGACAAAGCAGACAAGAGCUCCCCGCGGCAUGUCCUAGCUCUGCUCUGCAGACCAACAGCACUUUGCCCUAUCUUUUGUAGGUCUGAGACAGGGCUGUAACUCUGAGACCAGACUGCUACAUCCUCUCUUCAGGGUCAAAGGUCCAAUGCAGAUGUUUUAAUUUUAAAAAGUCUCAAUAUUAAAUAAUGUCUGGGUAAGUACCUUACUGCGAUUGUUUUUCAUUAAAAUGGUCAAAAAGAAACUAAAAUAGCUUAUUUUUAGCAAAGAGCUAUUUCUCAAGCAAGAAUUUAGCUAUGACAGUCUGGGAGUGGUCUGGAAAACUGAAAAUGAUCUGUUAUUGGCAGAGAGGUUUUGACGUCUUUCUUAUUGGUCUAUUAACUCAUUUACUUCCUGGUGAUGUCACCAGGCAGGUCAAAACCAUCCCACCAGAACAGGCUGAAAUGUAUUUUUAAACAACUCUUACACUUAAAAGGUCAUUAUCGUAAUUCUCUAAAUUUGACAGUAUUAUUCCAACCUCAUAAAAGGCAGCAUGUAAAGUGUUGGUCCCAUGUUUCAUGAAGCUGAAAUAAACAAUCCCACAAAUGUU